GAAGGGAGAGUUCUUGGGAUGGGAGGACUGGGACAGGGGAAGACAGAAGAAAGGAAUGAAGGAGAGUGUAGGGAUGUAUUGAAUGGUGUCGUCUGCGUCAAAACCAAGAAAAAGUAGGAACGUUUGGGUGUGUGAAACAAAGAAGAGAGGGGGGUGGAGGCAAAUCCACAUGUGAGUGCAGCAAGUUGGAAAGAGAGGUGUUUUUAAAAGUGUGUGUAGAAGGGAGGUGGGGGAAACAGCAAGAGCAUGCAGAGUGUAUGCUUCCCUCUGUCCACAUAGCAAGAGCCAAGAAAAGAGGAAGGUCCUCCCUGUCCUCUCUCUGCAGCUGACAAAAACAUCUGCCCAGGAGCCCGGGGCUGGACAGAGCGGGAGAGAGGACAGAAGAGAGGGAGAUAGAGGGGGGAGGUGAAGAAAAAAAGGUCCAAAGUCAAGGAGCCAUCCACCUAUAUGGGUUGCGUCCUGAGUUCGGACUGGUGUGGGGAGGAAGAGGUGCAACCAGUGGUGGCCGUUGGCAGAAACCCGUCUCUGAAGAGAAGAAGUCUGGAGAGGAGUGAAAGCGGCAGGAUGAGGCUGACAAAGGGGGGGAAGGGAGAGCCCCACGUCUUCAAGGAAAAGACCUUUAAAAAGAAGCGACAAUGCAGCGUGUGCCGACAGAACGUGGACAACGUUGGUUCCUUCUGCAGAGUAUGCAAGACAGCAACCCACAGAAAAUGUGAGGCAAAGGUGACCUCGGCAUGCAUCCCAGCUCCCACCAAUGAUCUGCAGCGUCGAGGGACCGCUCCUUCUCGACACAUCCAGCACCUGGGGUCCACCAAGUCUCUGACCUACACCAAACAGAGAAACACCCUGCCAAGGAGCUUCAGCGUGGACCGCGUGAUGGAGAGAGUCAUGGAGCGCCACUAUGACUUUGACCUGACUUACAUCACCGAGAGGAUCAUCUCUGUGUUCUUCCCCCCGAAGCUGGAGGAGCAGAGGUACCGCGUGAACCUGAAGGAGGUGGCGGCCAUGCUCAAGUCCAAACACCAGGACAAGUUUCUGCUCCUGAACCUCUCCGAGAGGCGUCAUGAUAUCACACGACUAAACACGAAGGUUCACGACUUUGGCUGGCCCGACCUCCACGCCCCGCCGCUGGAUAAGAUCUGUGCGAUAUGUAAGGCCAUUGAGACGUGGCUGACAUCUGACCCCCAGCACGUGGUGGUCCUGCACUGCAAGGGCAACAAAGGUAAAACAGGCGUGAUCAUCGCAGCCUACAUGCACUACAGCAAGAUCUCUGCAGGGGCGGACCAGGCUCUCAGUACUCUGGCCAUGAGGAAGUUCUGUGAAGAUAAGGUGUCCUCUUCCCUGCAGCCGUCCCAAAACAGAUACAUCUAUUACUUCGGGGGCCUUCUGUCGGGGGCCAUCAAGAUGAACAGCAGUCCUCUCUUCCUGCACCAGGUUCUCAUCCCAUCACUCCCCAACUUCCAGGGGGAAGGAGGUUACUUCCCCUUCCUGAAGAUCUACCAGUCCAUGCAGCUGGUCUACACUUCUGGCAUAUAUGACCUUCAGGGGACCGGAGGCAGGCGUCUCUGUGUGACCAUCGAACCUGCACUGCUGCUAAAGGGGGACAUCAUGGUCAAAUGCUACCACAGGCGAGCCCAGAGCGCAGACAGAGACACUGUGUUCAGGCUGCAGUUCCACACCUGCACCAUCCACGGCUCCCAGCUCUGGUUUGGUAAAGGGGAGCUGGACGAAGCUUGUGUUGAUGAGCGAUUUCCAUCUGAUGCCACAGUCGAGUUUGUCUUCUCUUCUGGACCUGAGAAAAUCAAAGGUCGUGAGUACCAUAAGAACGACCCGGCAGUCACUGUCGACUACAACACUGCUGACCCAUUGGUCCGCUGGGAUUCCUAUGAGAACUUCAACGAGCGAUACCAGGACAGCCUGGAAGUAGAUAUUGCCCACACCAGAGGGCCUGUAGAUGGCAGUCUGUACGCCCAGAUAAAGAAGCGUCGAGGUCCUGGCUCUGGUUCUCUCACCUCAACCAAUGGCAGCAGCCCGGCGGCAGGCUUUGAAGAGGAUAGGUCAGAUCGUCUCAUCGCUCAAGGUUCUGACUCUGCGCUCUCAGCCCAUUCCCACCAUUCCCACCAUUUGCACCAAUCAUCCGUCCACCCUGAGCGCAAGGAGGAGCCCACUCGCCCGCUGCCCCCAACCAGACAGGAAAGAGAGGAUCUUGAACGUCUUCUGGGAGGGAUAGAGGGGAACCGGGAUGGAGAACGAGAGACCGCCAUCUUGGACGAUGGAGAGUCUUUGCCGUCUGAGAGAACAGGGACGCUGAAGCUCAGUCGGUCCUGUUCUUGCCGGGACGGUUACCGGUCCCAGCGUUGUGCUGAACCCGGGUGUGACCGCACCCUCCUCAUGCCUAAUGGUUACUGCUUGGAUCGCGCUCCUGGCACCAACGGGCACCACGGGGCGACUCCUUCUGCCAGCCCAAACCCGGCUGCUCCUCCUUCCCACAUGGAUCUGUGCCAGCACUACAACCCUCACCCCCACCAGACCCUCCCACCUCCAGAUCUGGUGUGGGACCGCCAGGCUGGUCCGCCACACUACAUGCACCGCUCCUGCUCGGAGAAUCCCCCGUCUCGACACAUCUGCCCUUACCCAUCGCCGGACCUCACCCCUCACUCUCAUAACCACCCGCUCCACCACCCUCUGUCUGCCCCUGGGCGUCUCUGCUGUCGGGAAGACGACUACACUCCCUAUCAUCCCCCUCCUCCACCUCACAGCCAUCACCAUCCCCACCCUCACCACCCCAAACCCUCCACCAGCCCCACCUACCAUGACAUAAUGUUAAUUGAUGGUAUGCCGCCCCCUGGCUGCCCUUGCAGAGACUGCAGCAUCAGGAGAGAAGACUCGGCGGCCUAUCACAGCUUGAGGCUGGACCAAGGGGACGGCUUCCACUGGGACAGAGAGGCGGAGCUUCAGCAGAGGGAGGUGGGACAUAGGAGAGCAAGGGAGGCGGAGCUACCUAGAGGGUCAGAGCUCCACUGGGAGAGGGAUCCUGGGCUGAGACGAGGAAGAGAGUUGUCCCUCCACUGGGAGAGAGACAGGGAGGCGGAGCUCCUGUGGGAGAGGGACAGAGAGGCUGAAUAUUGGCACAGGAGGGCCACCGUAGCCUCCUAUGGUCCACAGGGUCACGAUCUCCCAGCCUUCACAUUUGACCCCUUGCCAUCAGGUCACCCUGCUUAUCCAGAGGCGUCGAGGUCCCACGCUCACUCCCACCUAGACCUGAAGUACAGCAGCAGCAGCAGCGGUUACCAAACGCCCCGCCAGGUGUGCCCCUGCUCGCCCUACCAGCCCUCGCCGUCUGAAAGCAGGGGCUACGCCUCGGGUUACCAGUCCGAGUCCACGUCCCCACUGCCACCGGCCUCCUCCAUGACAGGGCCAUGCAGCCAUAGCAACGGGCAAGCAGAGCAUAACCACCACCACCACCACCAUCCGGACUCGCAGCAGUCAUACGGUUCUGACUCACAUACUGACGGCCUUCGUAGUUCUGGUGAAAGUGUGGGAUGGAGGGAUCACAUUACCCAUGGUUCCUUUAAGAGGGUCCACAGAGACAACCACGCAGCAUGCUCAACGCCAUCCGACAUGUCUGGACCGCCCACUCCUGUACACACCAGCAGCCCGCUACGCACACAGGAAAGCCCCAGUCCAGGAGGAAGAGAAUACGAGAUCCGGACCACAGACAUCCUCAGCAGUGACUACGAGGCCCCCCAGUCCCAGGAGGGACACCAUCGUGCAGAUAUCAUCGCCCAGGAAUCCCUGGAAAGCCAAAGAAGCAGCACAGACCUGCCAUCGCUACCGCAGACAACCAAAGACACACAACCACACACAGCCGCACCUGUUCUACCCCAGAACCACUGCACUGCACCAGCUGACCCCUCCCUUACUGCCCCCCAACAGCAGCACUGUAGCCCAAACACGCCGUCAGCUUUGACGACCCAGAACACUUCUUCUGUUGAUUCUGCAACACAGAACAAUUCACACCAGGGACUCUACCAGGCUCCUUCAUCCCCUAUCCGUGCUUCGUCUGUACCGGAUACACACCCACAACCUGGCCCCGUCACAGUCCAGACCCCCCAUUCUUCAGAAGCUGCUGGUCUGGCGUUCAAUGUGGCACAGACAGUGCCCCAGCCUCAGAGCCAAACCCAAGCCAGACAGACCUCAGCACAGGUCAACGGACCUUCUCAACCAUCUCAAUCAGAAACCGCAAAACCAAUGACGUCGAACACAACGCCUGCCCCUGCAUCUCCCAACAUAGCUUCAUCACGACCCCCACAGCCGGCCUCUAGUAGCGGGGAGGGCUCCCCAAUCUCUGAUACCCCAGUUCCCGGCUUUGCCACUUUGGGUAGGAGGUUGAUGUUGAGUGGGUCAGAUCCCCAUCAUCUGAACCACAUCCAGCAGCACGGACCCCAACACCACCACUACCCAGGCAUGGAGCACAGCGCUGCCGGACACUCCUCUGCUCUCGACACCAACAAGAGGCCCUGCUACUCGGCUCACACCCCUCAGCUCUAUCCACCCUCCUACUCCAACUAUUCCACCAUCUCCAUCCCGCUUCCUCACCCCCAGCCACCUCUGCCAGAGAAGCGCCACCUGCCAGUCCAGCCAGGUUCCCCCAACGAUGGCGUGGGAACUCUGAGGACAGCCGGGGGACACAUGACUCCCUCAAACGGCAGCACCGCCCAGCAUCAGCACCAUGUCACGUUCUCUCCCACUGUGGGGGAGAUUGCAGCCCCUGUAGGCAAAAAUGAUGCAGUGGCGUUGGUGGAGACCGAGAACAGGGUCAGUGUGAAGUUUGUCCAGGACAGUUCGAGGUUCUGGUACAAGCCCGGCAUCUCCAGAGAGCAAGCAAUUGCAGCUCUGAAGGAGAGAGAGCCAGGAACCUUCCUGAUCAGGGACAGCAACUCUUUUCAGGGGGCCUACGGCCUGGCCCUGAAGGUGGCUACACCUCCUCCCAAUGCAAACAACCACAACAGCAAAGUGAGCGACCCUCUGGAACAGCUGGUCAGACACUUCCUAAUAGAGACGGGCCCUCGGGGAGUCAAGAUUAAAGGAUGUCAGAAUGAGCCCUACUUUGGGAGUCUGUCUGCAUUAGUCUACCAACACUCCAUCACGCCCAUCUCUUUACCCUCCACUCUCAAGAUCCCAGAAAAAGAUCUGAUAGGAGAGGUCCCGGAGGUCCUCCCUGUGAAUAACAUCAGCACGGCUGCUGACCUGCUGAAACAAGGAGCAGCCUGUAACGUCCUCUACCUGAACUCCGUGGAAACAGAGUCUCUCACCGGCCCCCAGGCCAUUGCCAAGGCAACAGAUGCCUCCCUGGGUCGUAACCCUCGCCCCGCUGCCACCGUGGUCCAGUUCAAAGUGACGUCGCAGGGCAUCACGCUGACCGACAGCCAGCGCAGGGUUUUCUUCAGGAGACAUUACCCAGUGAACAGUGUAACCUUCAGCAGCAUCGACCCUAAGGACAGGAGGUGGACUAACUCAGAGAACACGGCUGUUAAGGUGUUUGGUUUUGUAGCCAGGAAGCCGGGCAGUGUGGCAGAGAACGUUUGCCACUUGUUUGCAGAGCUGGACCCCGAGCAACCUGCCUCCGCCAUCGUCAACUUCAUCAACAAGGUCAUGUUGUCCCAGCGCCGAUAGAGGGGAGCAAGAGACGGAGGCUAGCAGACAAACAGUGGCAUGGAGAUGCUUAUAUAAAGCUUUUAAUGCAUUGUAACAGCCCAGUGCUAGUGUUUUCUGAGCCCUGACACAAAACGCUCUUUGUCCAUCAAUUGGUGUGAACACAUUUCAAAAGGCAUGAUGGGUUUUCAUUACUCUGCCUGCUCCUAAAGGGCUGUUGACAAUACAACACUACUUUUCAAUUGUUGUCAUAUAGUUAGUUAUCUUUGGAGGAACCGUGGUGAAGUAUCAAACUAAGCCAUGAUGUUAAGUGUUACAACUCCUCUCGGACAAGGAGGCCUCAGAGAAAACUUCUACAACAGUGGAUUUACAGGAACAAAAUCAAAAUGUUCUACAUCUAGGAGGGGUCUGUUUCAUAAAAAGAGAUUGAUGGGAAAGGCAGCUAUCUUGUGCCAUAACUCAGGAUUUCUGGUAUCAUGAAGCUAACUCACUUUUAAGCAGGGUAGAACACCAUAGUGACCUGGUACCAGCGAUUCAGUUUUAAACCCAGUCAGUUUUCUUACACAAAUCAGAAUCAGAAUACCUUUAUUCGUCCCACAGAGGGGAAAUUUACAAAGUGCUUUACUAUCAGUGCCUUUGUCCAAAUAGCGCCAUUGAAUAUCACAAUUACCUUUUAGACAUCUUUAAUUCUAUAUAUGACAUAUCAAAGGCCACAUCAGGAUUUAGAAAUGCCUGAAUCUGGAAGACCAGAUCAUUUGAUUCAGAAAGUCUGCUUUUUGUUGUGGUUAAUACAGCUUCAUAAUACCAGUUUUCCAGAGUAACCGAUCAAGUUUAACUCGCUUUUUUGAAACAGGCACAUGACUAAAUACAACUUUUAUAAGUGCUAUAAGGAGCUUUAAAUGACACACACAUCAGACUGUUUGAAGAUAUUACAAGAGGACUUUUCCUUGCACUGUUUUGGGGGCGAAAAGCCCGAAAAUGUUCAACCAUUAAAACAAAAGAGCCUCCUUUAAUAACAGAAGGUGUUUAUAUUCUGUUAUAAAGUGACCAAAGCCCUGAAGAUGUAAUUAAGUUUCUAUAUCUAGAGGUGUUCAGGUAUUGACACGUAUGUACAGUGCAUUUACAGCCACUCUUGCCUUCAUAAUAAGAGCUUUAAUCAUAACCGACAAUCACAUACACUUAUUACAUCGGAGCGAGAAAGAGACAUAACUCUCUGAUGAAAGUAAACAUGAAUGUGAGGUUUUUAACUUUUAACAAGUGUGUGUGCGAGGUAGUUGCCUGCGUGUGUGUGCGAGGUCGUGGCAUGCGUGUGUGUCGAGGGUAUUUCAGUAAAAAAGUCGGGUUAGGUUUUUGUUAACUUCCAUUUUUAAAGAAAUGUAUGUGAUAUGGGGGAAAAGCUUGGGAAGGACGAACAGUGUUCAGACGCACCAUUGCCGUUAAAUGGGUUUAUUCACUGCUUUACAAUUCAAUAUAAAAGAUAUUAAGUUAACAAACAGCAGUCAGGUAAAUACACACAGAGCAAAGCAGUGGCCUGAAGACAGACGUACUUAACCAAAGACAAAGCACUCUUGUAUUAAUAAGCUUUUUAUCCUGCUAUAUUUUUGUACUUAUUGCUUCUUGGUGUUUUUACUAUGCAUUUAUUUUAGUGUGUUGCCUUGAAACGUAGAAAAACACUUCUUGUAUUCCAGCGAUAAUAUAUUGUGGUCUAUUUUUUCUUGUUGAUCUCUAUAUUAUGUAGUAAUAUAUUUUCACAUGCAGCUAUAGGACCGUGUAUGAGAUAUAUAAAAAAGGAAACGUGUUUGUUUAUAAAGGACAUUAUGCUAUUUUGUAUGCCAAAAAAUGAAGAAUAGAUUAAACAGAAAUGAUGUGGUACCUAAA